AUGAACAAUAGGGAGAGCCGUGACUUCAUGGCCGUCGACACCUUCUCUCAGCUGCCCUUCAUCCGGCCGGUGCCGGCUGCGGUGAAAGAGAUCCCCAGAAUCCCCUCCGGCGGCGCCGUCCGGUUGUUCGGCAUCGAGUUCCCCAACGGCGGCGGCGUCGCCGGAGGAGGAGGAGGAGGAGGAGGAGGAGGAGGAGGAGGAGGAGGAGAAGGUCGCCGGAAGUUCGAGUGCCACUAUUGCCGCAGGAAUUUCCCCACCUCGCAGGCUCUGGGCGGCCACCAGAACGCCCACAAGCGCGAGCGCCAGAUCACCAGGAGGGCACACCACCCCGGCGCUGGCGGCGCCGCCUACCGCCUCCGGGCUUACGCGCCUUGGAACGGCAUCGCCCACGGCGGAAUCCCGGGAACCCACUUCCACGGCGGCGGCGGGCCUCUUCCCCGGACAAUCGACGGCAGCCCUUUGCCGUUUCUGUGGGGGCUUCCGGCGGUGCAAGGCGGUGGCGGUGGCGGAGGGAUGAUGGGAGCCUCUUCCGCAGCGCUGGCGCCGGCGGGUCGGCUCGUGUACGGAUCGGCGACCGGAGUGCAGGAUCAGUUGAGUCUGGACUUGCGACUGUAA